AUGCCAGAGCAUCCAGGCGCCUGGGACUGUCUGCCCGGAGUCCCGCCAAUGACCGAAACCAUUAUCCCACUGCCGGCGGUAUACGCAUCACAGGCAUUUUUCUCGCAGCUGAUGGCCCUGAUGCAGAGCAAUCAUCGCCAGAGCGACGUCGGUGAAGUUGAGUCCGCCCUGUACCGCGCCAGCGUCGACCCGCAUGGGAUCAACAGU